AUGACUUUCUUUUGUGUAACCUGUUCAGCAACAUUCACCACCCGACGAGCUUUCCGCACGCAUGUCGCCAGAGAACACAAACAUCCCAAGCCGAAGGUUCCUUCCCUUCGGAGGCAAAAUCACUACAUACUCAACGGUCGCCCGUGUGACGAGAACGGUCAUUACCUCCCGCCAGGGACGCCGCCGCCGCCACCGCCUCCACCUAUCACUAACUUCGAGCCAUUUCCCGACCGCCCAUCAUUCGAAUUCGCAGAACUCACUGUUGAGAAGAUGGCUACGUCUCGCGAAGACAUUGACCACCUCCUGCGAAUAAUCCGUGCGAAGAAUAUCAUGGAUGGUGUCGAAGAUUCGCCUGACGAUUCUGGUCUCUUUCCUGGACUCUCGGCGGAGCUGCAGCGUACUCUCGACGCGAUCCCCUUUGGCGACAUCCCCUGGUUCUCUUUCAAAAUUCGCUGGUCUGGCCCUAUCACCCCGACGUCACCGGCUUGGAAAAGACAGACGUACGUUGUCCACACGCGCGACCCACUUGCUGCGUUCGAGAACACUCUCCGCAAUGCAGAAUACAAGAACAAGUUCGACGUCUGUGCGUACAAAGAAUUCACGCCAGGAGGCAAGCAGAGGUGGUGCGAUUUCAUGUCAGGACUGUGGGCUUGGAAGGAGUCGAGCAAGAUUGCCCUGGACCCAUCAACCCGUGGUGCGAUGCUCGCCACAGCGAUCGUUGGCGCUGAUAAGACGACCGUAUCAGUUGCGAGUGGUGAUCAGGAAUUCCAUCCUGUGUACGUCUCACUGGGUAACUUACAUAACGAUAUCCGGCGCGGGCAUGGGGAGGCAGUGAUACCACUGGCGUUCCUCGCCAUUCCCAAAGGUUCGAACGAAGACGAGAAUGACCCCGAGUUCCGCAUCUUCAAGAAGCAGAUCUACCACCGAUCUCUCGCACACAUCUUCGAACCUCUCAGGCCGUGGAUGACAACACCGCGCGUGACGCUCUGCCCAGACGGUCACUUUCGCCGGGUUAUCUACUCGCUCGGACCAUUCAUUGCCGACUACCCAGAGCAAGUCUACCUCUCUGGCGUUGUCCAAGGAUGGUGUCCAAAAUGUUUUGCUGCACCCGACGAGCUCGGAGAAGGAGCUCUGCGAUUCCGAGAGCUAACACAACAAAUCAAAGAUACGUACUCGCAUGAUCCUGACGUCUUGUGGGACGCAUUCGGUAUCGCUCCCGGGGUGAAGCCCUUCACGGAUUACUUCCCACGUGCGGACAUCCACGAAGCACUCUCUCCAGAUCUCCUGCAUCAGUUGAUCAAAGGAACCUUUAAGGACCAUCUUGUCGAGUGGGUACUCGACUACAUCAGAAUGAACAAUUCAGCCCGUGAGGCCAACACGAUCAUCGAUGAUCUUGACCGCCGACUUCGAUCAGUACCUGCAUUCCCCGGUCUACGGCGCUUCAAACAAGGCCGAAACUUCAAACAAUGGACAGGUGAUGACUCGAAGGCACUGAUGAAGAUUUUCAUUCCUGCAAUAGCUGAUGUUGGGGUCCCCGGACGUGUUGUUGAAUGCGUCCGGUCGUUCAUGGACUUCUGUUACAUUGCUCGGCGAUCUACCCACGACGAGGACUCUCUGCGGCUCAUGGAGACUCAUCUGCGCCGCUUCCACGAGCUUCGGGAGGUCUUCCGCGAGGAGGCUAUCCGUGCGAACUUCACGUUGCCGCGCCAACACGCCCUUAUGCACUACGUUCGAGGGAUCAGGCUCUUCGGGUCCCCGAACGGUCUCUGCUCGUCGAUCACAGAAUCGAAGCAUAUCCGUGCAGUCAAGAAGCCGUGGCGUGCAACGAACAAGAACAACCCGCUGCAACAGAUCCUUAAGAUCAACUGUUGGCUGAGCAAAAUUGCUGCCGCGCGUUCUGUUUGGGGGCUAAUGGGUUGCUCCGACACGACGUCCUCUCGGCUGCCCGCCGGUGGUGAUGCCGAAAAUCGUCACUUCAAUGACAUUGCUGACGUUUUGGGUGAGCCAGAGCCACUCUCUAUAGAGUUGGCUAAGAAGCCAGCGUAUUCGCGACCGAUCUCGCGACUCGAUCUCGACGCGAGACUCAAGACCCUCCUGCCAAAUCUCAUUCGCCGCUUUCUCCAUGAACAGCUUGACCCUCCAGCAGACUCCGACUCCGACUCUGACAAUGAGCCCGAGGACGUGGACAUCGAAGACUGCCCUCGCUUCCACGGGCAUGUCGCUGUGUACUACAGCGCGCGCGCACUCUAUUAUGCUCCGAGUGAGCUGUCCGGGCCGGGCGGGAUGCAUUCAGAGGUCAUCCGCAGCCAUCCGCUGUGGUACGGAAAGUACGAGCACCGCGACACCGUGCUUGUCCAGGAUGGACCAGAUGAUGGUGUCAUGGGAGGUAUGGUUGUGGCACGAGUACUUGCAUUUCUCUCAUUCUCGCACAACGAGAUCAAGUACCCAUGUGCACUCAUUCAGUGGCUCCUCCCAAUCGGUGACGCUCCCGACCCUACCACAGGCAUGUGGGUCUUGGAGCCCGAAGUGUUUGAUGGUGAGCGGGCUGUAGGAUUGAUACACACAGACUGUAUUGUUCGUGCUUGUCAUACUCCCCCUGUUUAUGGUAGAGGUCGUCUUCCGGCCGAUUUCGAUUUCUCCUACUCACAUCUCGCUUUCAAACGGUUUUAUUUGAACAAAUGGGCUGAUUAUCAUGUACAUGAAUGUUAUCCAUUGGUUUGA